AUGUCCAGUCAGCUGGAUGAUGUAUGCGUUCCUGUUUCUUAAUUUUUGUUUCAUUCUAAGAUUCGCCGUAAACGGCUCCAGAGACUUGCAGCAGACGGAGGUGGGACUAAUGGAGAAAAUGUGUCAGGAGCUAAGUCGGUUGCCGUAUGCGCUUACCUAUUGUUUUUGUCAACUCGCAAUUUGCAAUACAGGUUGUAGGCGCAGGUGAAUAUGGCGUUCCAUCGGUUCCCGAACUCGCAAAAGAGUACCUUGGUUCACCGGUAUCUUUGUUUCACACAUGAAUAUGUCUCUUUAGAUUGCUGACACCACAGCCUUAAAUUCCGCAGAGGUCAUGGAUAGUGAGGGUCCUGAGAAUUCAGAAAGUCGCCAUAAUUCUGCUCAACCUACCGGUUUUCUUGGUGACGUGCUGAAGAUCCUUUCUGUGACUUUGUCGGAUCAUGGCUCUAAUUCUCCUCAGAAUCCCCUUUGCUUGGCACCGAGCGAUCUCACCGAUUUCAUGGAUCACGCUGUUUUUAGUGACCCUGCAAAUGCUCUGUUACGUCUUCACCACUCCUUUUCCGCCUUGUUAAUUAAACUCCUGCAUAAUAUCAGAUCCAGCACCAAAUUCAUUCAACAGUUUGGGACUGAAUUUUCCUCUCCAGACUUUGCUAUGACGUAUUACCUCCUAUCUUGCCUAAAUGGUGCGCGGACUGGAUGCCUCAAUUCAGCCAAGGCCAAGGUUAGUAAACAUGUCUUUCCACCCUUACCGGUUCAUAAAUUUUCCUAUAUUUUAUCCAGGGUUUCCUUAAGACUAUUCUCCGCUUCACAUAAUUUUUUUGAUGUCAGUUCUCCGAUGAUAGGUGCCCCCUUAGUUUAUAUUCAUAUGGCUCCGUGCAUCUUUCCGAAACUCGUUUUUUGUUUGUGUUUUGUAACUUACAGGCAAAACAACUCUCGGUGUUCCUAGGACAUUUUUCAAUGGCCUUACAAUACUCUUUGAGUGUUAGAAAAUUACAAUUCCAUUGGAUGAGAAUCCACACAUUCGGCAGUCGCUGCAUUGAUGUUACUCCUAGAAUGUUCCUCAAAUUCCUGUUCAGUCUCAUUCGUUGUUAGGCCUUGGUCUGCGUGAAUUCUAACUUACAGCAAUCGCUGUGUUUGUUGCUUUCGUCAUCCUUCAGUAGGACUAGGAUCAGUGUUCAGUGCCUUAAAUACGUCAGACUUAUGCUUAUGCAUACCAUAACUUAAGUUCAGGUUGUACUAGGCUUUGCGGCGCCAUUUUCUGUGUAAAAUCCAGCCGUUCUUUUGUUAUUACUUUGACACAGUGCUGCUCAACUUUUUAAAAUACGUAGGGGCUGGGCCCGCUGUACCAAGAUAAGGUUGUAUUCAGUCGAUGCUUCAUCUCUAUCUGGCUUGCUUCGUUCUUUAUGUCUGUCACUAAUUUUUGAAUAACUAUAAACGAGACCCAAUCUAUACCCGAACAGUCUCUGGCCUGCCUACUUGAGUAGUCUUUUCUAACUUACUGCUAAAUGCCAGUUGUUUUUCAUGUGCUCUAACAAAUGGAGAUAUCGGAAGAAAUCUUCCUGACUGAAUUCAAUCGCUUGUGGAAGCCCUCAAUACUUAAAAUUGGUAGUCAGUGUGAACUACCACCUAUCCGUCUUUAUUUCCCCCACUUUUUGCCAACGAAAGAAUAACUGUCCCAAGAUAUUCAAAUACUUGGUCCUUGUCAGGUGUAGUAAAGCCUAUUUUUACUUCUAUGCUGCGUCGCCCUCUCAUUUUCUCUAGCGGUGAUCAAAUGUCCACCGUUGAUCGCGUUUGGUUAGACAGGAAGGUAGAUCGUCAGUGAAUUCCUUGCUUAUAAUGACACUAGAUUUCUAGCCAUCCAGAUACAGAGGACGGGUGAGACGUCGCAAUUCUGGCUAUCUUUUAUGUACCGUGGCCAACUCUUCCGUCAUUGAGAUCAGAUGCUGUAGCAGUACUGCAACGAUUCACUAUCUAUCAACGUCAUAGCUGGAAGGCGGUCGCCGACGUCUGUCGGGUUUGGCUUACCUGAUGAAAGGGCUUAUUGGUUACCGAUUUUCACGAAUUCAGAAGAUUAGAGUCUUGCUAAUUCUUUCUGUUUUCCUUCACCUGAUUCAUUAGCUUUUGUCUGUGCACUGGUAGUUUAAACUGGCAACACCAAAUGUGUUGCUCCCAGAUGUCUCAGGAGUAAGGAACACCGAUAAAUAAAGCUAGUGAUAAGAGAUGUGUUGCACCUAGAUGCCGCAAUGAAGAAGAAUUACUCACGGUACUGCAGGGAGAAGUCGUUUUUGUCUUCCGAACUGGACUAAUUGUUCCAUUUUUGACCAUUUUCCUUGUAAGUGUAUUCCGACACUUGACUUAAAAACAACCUACUGCACAGUUUGUUCACUAAUUCUAGAUUCUGGGUUUUUUAACUUUCAGGACGGUGACUGUUCAGAUGUCUCUUCUGAGCUUUACAAAUGCAUCUCCAACAUUCUCGUUAGUCAUCUUUCGCUGGUUUGCCAGGGAGUUUUUUCCCUUCCUUCCUUUUAUCAAAAUGGAAACGACACUCCUAACCAAGCUCAAUCCAUGGAAAGUCUUUCAGAGAACCCCCUACUCCAUCUUCUCCUGGAUGAAGUGCGAAAUUCCGCAUUGGGCACUAACUCAUCCGGUGUUUUAUCUAACUUUCCUCCGUCUUUCAUUGCAAGGCUCAAGUCCGGCAACUUCUUUUCGGCCCUCGAAGUUCUUGCCUCGGCACUUUCUUUCGAAACUAGUCCAGAUUUGACCAAAGGAAAAGUGGUCACCCCCGUAUGUCAUUUUUAGGCUUGGUAACUUUAUUUCUUGACUUUUCGAACACUUCCCUUGCGUUUGAUUUCUCCUUCUUUGACACUCGUCUAAUUCAUUAUUCGUCUACAAAGCUAUUUCCCGGUUUGCUCCAGUCGCCUAUCUUUUUUAGAUUGAAGUUAUUUGCCUUCGUCACUACAAGCUAGUUUUCACGACAUCGGAUUAAAUGCCGCAUAAAUUCGUCUGCAUUUCCUUUUCUAGAUAUUCGAGAAAUUGCUCCAGGAUUUACAUUUCAAAAUGCGAAAUUGUUCAGUCGAAGACGAAAACCAUACUACUUUCUUAACUGCCCUCGGUCAGCUUUCAGGGCUCGUUACGGUUGAUGGUAAGCGUCCCAUCGCGUCACUGGUACGUGCACUUACUUCGUCCGUAUUCCUGCAUCGUCCUUGAAAAUAGCUCAUGUUUAAUAAACACCCCCAAAAUCAGGGGUUACGUUUUCUGAUUCUGUGUCUGUUCAGUAAGGUAGUCUUUCUAGCCUGUUUGCUGCUGCUGACGAUUCCAGAGAAUCCAACCAUUCCUUUCAUUAUCUUCGGAAAGUUACUUUUUGUUUGUUAUACCCUCUGCACACCGUUAGUUGCGCAUUUCCUCGAAAACUAACCCACAGCAGAACCAUAUGACUGCUCCUGUCAUCUGUUGUAUAUUCUCCCCUUGUGUUAACCAUUAAUUAGGGCCUGAGUUUACUGUUAGAACCGCCACAUCUAAGGAGAACCACGAAAAUUCUUCUUUUCCAUUACUUUGUUUGGUCGUCUUUUGACUUCUCCCCGCCUACUUUGGAGAAAUCAUCUGCAUUUGGCACUGUGUCAGCCUAGACGCUAAAUUUCAUUGCGUUCGUCUUCGCCGCCCGCCGUUAACCAUUUACAAUGAACGAACAUGUGUAAAUGUUUAAUCACCAAACCGAUGUGGAUGCGCUCUUCAUCGCCCCUAUUGUCUUCUGCCGAGAUGGCGGAAAUUGUAUACUACUUCUGUAAAAGCGGUUGCUUUCCUCCGCGUUUUCCAUCGGAAAUUUGAGCUAUAAGCAUAGUAAGAUAAGAGACAGACUGGCGACGUUUAAAAUGAUCGGCAACACAUUGUUUGGAGGAGGACGCAAGAGAAUCCACUCAAUUCAUCAAGCUUACGGAACAAGAGUUAGCUUGUUUCGGACCAGUAUCACCAUGCCAUAUUGGAGUAAACAUUGACGAUCGCUUCGAAUCAGCCGCCACGAUAGACGCAAUCAAAUUUUUCAGCCAAACAGUGAUUUCAGUCAUUUCAUCUAAAAAAAGAGGUUUCGUCAAUACAAAUUUGUCAUUCCUUCGAAAAACCGCCGUCGGGCAAGUUUGCGCUUUCUCAAAUAAGCCAAAAAUAAUGAAGUUUCUUGAAGAAUUCCUUUAUAUGCCGUCUGGUUGGAUUGAUUAGCUAAAAAUACAUUAUUUCACGAAAAAGACUACGGCAACCUUAAUAAGAGCGUACAGCACAAGAAACUCAAAAACACACUGCUCUGAAGAAAUACGAACUACCAAGUUUUCACAUACUCCGGGUCGGAUGUGUGAGCCAUUAAAAUAUAGCAUUUUUGACUUUCUUUGUAAUAGGUGUGAAGAAGGUCUAAAUCUGCUUUGAAGAACCAUUAGGGACCAUUAAAAAACUCCAAAAAGACACUUUGAACCCUUGCAGAAGACUUAGAAAUUUUUUGUGAUACUGUUUGCCGAUGUAUUGUUUCAACAGGAAAGGUAGACAAGUAUUUCCGAACGAGACGUCGCGCGCUAUAACUGACGGCCAGAAGCUUCGGUGCAUACGCAUACCCAUCGUUCAUUUUCAGAAUUAUAAGGGAACAUCGAACCGAAAACAAAUCACUUGCUAUAAUGGAAAUGGUUUGGACAAUGUUUGAGCAUUGAUGAAACACCGAGGUCAUUAUUGAAAUAAAUGGGCAUUGCUGACUGCUCGGGGUUUUCUAAGGAGAAUCGUCGGGUGUACAUUUCUUAUCAGGUUAAGACAGUGCAGCAGAAUCGUAUUAUCAGCAGAUCAGAAUUGCGAAUGAUAAAUUAGCCAUUAAGCAACCAGAAGCGAUAAGCAGGCAGUCUGUUUCACGUCUACCCUUGGCCCCACGCUUCACGAACUGCCAGGGAAUUAUGCUGUGUAAUUUUGCAAUAUCCGCCGUGUUUAUCUGGUCCUUCACCAAUUACUUAUUAUCGCUUCCGCCAUUCAGAGUUACUUCUGCAAGAUAGACCAGCAGAAUGGAGCAUAUUUUGGAACGGAGUAUUUUGUGAUCCUCAAACAUUUGUAUUGUGAAAAAUAUGGUAUUUCGAUUUUAAGCCACUAAAUUCUCUCUUCCAUAUUUAACGACUUAAUAUACUGAAGUCCGCUCUAAUCAGUAGUCUUUGAACUGACUGCUUCUCAAAAUCAGGCAAAACGCAGAACCUGCUUCCGUAGAUCGGUUAACUUCAAUUCGGGCUCAACUGACUUCGCCAUAAAUGUUCGCCAUCUCGUGAAAUGAAAAAACGGUUUCCUGUUUAAACUGUGUGGGCUCUCAAAGACUGAUGUCUUGAAUAACCAUGUCGCUUACAUCUAUUGUUCAGAUGGUGACGCUGCCGAAUUGGAAACCUCCGUUGGAUGCAUUUACUAGCGCUCAUGGCAAAAUUAUUGAACAGCUGACCUUCCUGGGCCCUUUUCUCAGCUCCUCAGUCUUCGCCGAUGAUGAUGUACGUGCUCCUGCUUGUUUUUAUGCCCCCGUGCCUCAUGUUUUUUCGUCAACGGGGGCUAAGCACACUCUUAUUCUCGUUGGUUCUCUUUGCGUAGAUAAGUCGGGCUUUCGAAGAGCAUCCAAGCCAUUCUUAAACGAAUGCUUAUGAGGUUCCGUUGGUUGGAUUUUAGUUUUUGUUUCUUUCGGGCCCAGGCAUUUCAGAAUAACAAGACCUACUCAUAACCUUAGAAGGACAUAUGACCAUCCUUGCAGAACUGAAUAGAAAUAUUUUUAAUUUAGAUUUCCUGCUCACGAGAGUGCUCCUAACAUAUCUUGGUUUUCAUCCCUCCUUUAUAUGAUAGGCUAGGGUGGUUGAGCGCGCCUUUCCGAAUGCCGAUGCGAGCGAGUCUGAUUUAUGCGCAAGUCAACAGGGUCUACGCUACCUCCUAGACAUUGUUUGGGCUAAACACUUCUCACUUAUCAAGGGCCUCCUUUCACCCAAGGUAGGUUAACGUACUACAACAUUCCCUUUGUUACACCCUGCCGCCCCCUCACUCCUUUUAAUGUGCGCGUUUUAUCGCUUCCUACCCCCCCUCUUUUCCUGACCACACUUAGUUUGUGUUUCCUUUUGUGUCUCGCUUCUUUUGUACGCGCGUAGAACACAAGAGCCGCCAUGAUGGACUUUCUUUCAGACGCUAUCAUCCUGAACUUCGCCCGUAGCCAAAUCCAAUACGAUGAGGACAUUGUGGCGAGUGAGGGCUUCAUGCUCAACGUAUCCGUCCUCUUUCAACGUCUUUCUGUCCCCAUUGACCAAGCAUGCGUGAGUUUGACCCGUCCACUUUCCUGUUCAUCUUUCCCAAGUUGAAAAUACUCCGUGGGAACACUUUACGCGAACCAAACCGGACGAAAUUCCUGUGUAGCUGUUUGUCUAUUCUGUGGCGCUUUUUAGUAGAUGCCAAAACCCGUGAAGGUGGCUCAAAUCCUCAAAUUUGUUCUCAACUUCGGUAUAACAAGGAAGUGGAGAUUCCCCCCUCCUGUAAUACAGGGUGACCUUAGGCUCAAUUCUAGGGAGGUUAGGGCUAGGCUUGAAACACGGAACUCGGUGCCCUUCAUGGGAUUUAGCGCAAGGGCACCUAUAUUAAGGGAGGCUCCUACUUCCUUGUCUUACUGCAACUUCAAGAAUCACGUACGCGCGGUUCCAGUGCUGACAGCUAUGGCAGAUUGACCCAAAACGGACUGCAUUGCUGCUUUAAAUUUAAUCAGUAGUCAAACGGGCGUGGGACACGAGUUAGAUAAAGGCCAUAAGCCACGUCGACCAUUGCGCCCAAUGCCAUCUGUACUCAUCCUUACUCGAAAUUGUCAGCAGCACCUAAUGGGAAGAAGGAGAGCGAGUGGGGCCGACCAUAGGUCAAAUUUUCCCUACGCUAACCCAGCACUUAUUCUCUUAAUAAUAGUAGCUAGUGCAUGUUUUAACUGUCCUGACGCAAUAAACGCCGUCUUGGAAGACGGCCAACUGACUCGAAAAUGUAGUCCUCCAUUCCGAGCUUCAGGCCACAGUGGCUUCCAUCAUGAGUCUUCUGCGCGGUGCUUAUGAGUGUGCGGACCAGCACUCAUGUUGCUACCAUAAACUUGGAUUCGACCACGCCAACCACUACGCUGAUUUCUAAUUGUCUUCAUUUUGUUGUUCCAUUUGGGCAUGAUUGACGUGAGAGAGAAAAAUGAGGUUUUCGCAACGUAUGUUUGCUUUACUGUAAACAACUGGCCGCGCAAGUCGCGGUCGCCUCUCCAGACCCUGUUUCUCUGUAUAUUGUUUUUCAACACGUCCUUUCAGUAGGUGGCGCAACUCAGGAAAUGGGCCUAAAUUAACGACGAAUCCAAUCAGUCUUAAACCGACUCAAAUGCAUCGCAUCAAAUUAAUAAGCUCAAUUUUCACUAAUACAUGAAGCGCGUUCAUGCAAAUAACUGAGUGAAUACGACUGCGUAAGAAGAACAACGUUUAUAAAUAUCCUCUUUUGCAGUUUGUGCUUCAAUAUCCCCUAAGAAUCAGUGUAAUAUCAAGCGUAGCAGCCAGCCAGCUGCCUGCAGUUUGGUCAUGGGUUCCAAAACGGUUCUACGAGAAUCCUAUGUAAUUUCUCCGUUUGUAUUGUUCGAAAUUCGGUUAACUGGGCAAAGAGGAUUUCGCCUGAUUUCACUGAUAAGAACGUUACGGGAAUAAAUAUUUUCGUAAGAUCACAUGUUAAGAGGCCCGUCAGUGACUUAGAAAUUGGAAUAGGAUUAACAGAUUCAAUCGUUCUUGAGAAUGUUGACCUAGGUAAUGGUUUCUUGGAUAUCCUUUUUAUUAAGGUGAUAGUCUGGGUCAUAGUUGUAAGCUCACCACACGUAAACCUCAACGCCAUAAGAAAAGGAACGUUAACAACGAAAACCUAUAAUGCCUAUGCUUGUGACCAGUCAAAAAAACCUUUACUACGCCACUUCUUUACAAAGUGCUAUAGUAGAGUAUUUCGCUAACGACUGUCCACAUACAUCACUUUUUUAUCAAAGGAAAAAUUGAAACUCCUGACCCACUCGUGCACUUCCCUGCUAAAUGCUGCUAAUUUUUCUGUUGAAGACGAAAGAACUCCUUUUUCUCCUUAUAUUGAAGUCAUUUUGUUGUCUUUGCCGACUUUUGGGCUUCGUUCUACGAUUAUGAUUGCACGACAGCGUGACUGCGCAAACACUACAACAUUGCCCAAACUGUUGCCCCGUUCCUUUUCUAAAUUGCAUAUUAGCAGAAAUUAGACAGUACAAAAAACUCAUAGAUGUUUUUGCAGAUUUUGAAUAAUUUUUAUUGACCCAACUGUGAAAAACUCGGCGCCUCAGUGGGAUUCGAACCCACACAGCAGGUUGCAGUAGGUUGGGCGGGUAACUUGACCGAAAUAUUAUUAAACUCGCGUCGUCCGGCGGGGCCUCGUAGCUCAAGUGGUUAGAGCGUUGUCUGUACUAAAGCCUCCCCGUUUCCUCGUGGGUUCGAAUCUCACCGGGCGCCGAGUUUUUCACAGUUGGGUCAAUAUGAAGUACAAAAAACAUCUUACCAUACGAUCAAAAGUUAAAAUGGUCGCUUAAUGGUGGCUCUUCCAUGAUCGCGGUGUGAAAUAUUCGCAAAGGCCAAAAAAAUACGGAGGUGCUAAAACAGCGGGAGACUUGAAGGCGUUAUUCCUGUGUUUUAUGGCAUAAAAUCGAAUUAAUUUUCAUAUCUGGAUUUCGUAGGUCGAAAAAACGUCCGUUUUUUGAAGAUAACCUGCCUAUUCACAUUCCGUGGACCAAAAACUAAAUUUCAAGUGGACGCCAGUUAGCUUGGUCAAAUUCUCCAGUUUAUAUUAUUCCCCUCGUAGAUGAAAACACACGGAUGCGCAAAGUUUGUGUGACGCCCAUUAGCAUAGGAAGUUGCCUGAAUAUAAAGUAACUUUGAUUUUCUCUCAGACUUGUACACAUUUUGCCUGACAAAAUUACUUAGAACCAUAUUCUGCAUGAGCGAAGGAUACUUUCCAAAACGAUUUAAGCAAAUAAAUAACGUUUUAGGUACCCCAAGAUUGUCAUCUAGAUUUAUGUCACCCCAUUACGUGAGCCAAGCCACCUGCUGUAUACGAUCAAAUAAUGAUUUCCCAGAGAACUGAGGAGAAUUCCUGCUGGUUCGUAAUCCCGUAGGGUAUUUUUUAAUCUUAGCAUGCGAUCUUUAAAUGCUUUGUAUGUCGCACUUGAAAGUGCGGUCUAGAGGGGGAGUGUUAUUUAGUGGUCUCCCGAAGCCAAUGGCAUGAAUAUACAUAGUCGAAAACUAACUUUCUUGAGUUUUUAAACACUGAUUAUCAAACCUUUCUGUCUUUUCAGCCCUUUUCAGUAUCGGCCCUAUUGUAACGCGAGCACAUUCCUGAAAGAUCUUGUGGGAAACCUGUAUAGCAAAUAGUUUUUGAGUAUUAACAAAACUUGCGUACUGAACUUUGGCUCGCCCUGCAAGUGUGGAAGUAGCGCAUGUAAAUUACUUUGCGCAACUGGCGGUCAUGUUAGAAACAGCUCGAUGGCAAGACCAUUUGACGCGAAUUUAUGGACCCGGUGGUUGGCCUCUGUCUUGCAGCACAUUGUCUGGCAUCGUCAGCUUCUUCUUCCUCUCAUGUUAAUUCUAACAAGGGUGCCAGUUACUGGAUGGCAGGUGUUUCUAAAAACAUCUUUACGCCUUUUUAAAUCCAAUCAUUCUGUCCUUCGAGCAUCCGUUCUCAGAAGGCUCGAUUCUUCAGAGCCUAACUGUAUAAGCCUCAUUGUUAUCUAUCCUUACGAAAAGUAAGUAGUAUACAGGAGAUCAAAAGGCAAUAAAGGUGAUAACUCCUCCCCUCGUGAGGUGUUCUUUGGUGGCUCGGUGAAGCUUCAGCAAAUUAAUGCGAGACCGUCUCCCGUAUUGAAUCACUUCUGUUCAUCGCCAUCAGCCACUAAUCUCACCCACGGUAACAUGACAUCAAGAUCAGCUCGUCAGACUGUUUAAAUGUGUUCUGCCCUCCUAGAUGCAGAUCGGAAACAUGAAAUUCUUACCAUUCUUUACAAGAGAGGCAACAUGGACUUGUUGCGGAAUUUUACAGAGAUUCAAAGCCUUCUCGUCAUUGAAAAAGCAAAAGUCGGUUAACACGCUUUUUCGAUUACUCAUAAUCAGACCUGUGUAAUAACAUGCCUCACAAUAGGUCAGUAAAACCUCGUCAUCUUAAUGCUUUUAGGAUGUCCAGCCCUCCAUUAUUUGUGGGUCGUGGACUAUUCUGCUUUUACAGUUAAUCAACUGUUAAUAAUUCCUGCGUGGACCAUUGUUUACACUAAGAAGACGAACCUAGGUCUGCCAUGCCCUUUGUCGAUUUGGAGGCUAUCGUCUAUUCGAUUACAAACUCUGAUUAUGCGUAGUGUGACCGAGCGUCCCGGAGCUGGUGACAUUGGCGUCAUCUGAAAACUCAGUUACAAACCAGAUAAGUAAAUCAAUCCACUUAGUUUAAAGUGAUUAUUUCUUCAUUAUCGAGGCCUGUGCUUCCUUGGCAAUCAUUCCAGCAGAGACCAAUAGUAGUUGCUAAAAGUAUUGCAUGAACUCUACACAUUUUUAUCGCCCGUCCAACCCCCUAUUAAUUGUGUUCGCGUAUUACACCACAAAGUCAACACGAGACUAUCAUCUGUUACAUGAAGCGCCACACAUGCCCUUUGUUCUAAAACGAAACAAGUUCACUUUUAUGUGCUGCGAUGGUAGCUUUCAGCAAGACUCCUUUGGAUCCCCCGAAGUAGCCAGUUCCGCAUCCAUUUCUUAUCCAUAUAAUCUACUGCCGCAAUUGUCUAGCACCGGUUUCACCUUAUUUCUGUAACACUGUAUGUAUUUAUCACGCUGAUAACCUCUCAUACCAAAUUGUACCUGGUUAAUAUCCUCACCCUUAACUCAGUAAACAUUCUUCACAUCCUUCUCUUGUGUCUUCAGGUCGAUCCAAAUUACCUGUACAGUUCCCAUUGUCGAAUAGACUUAAGGGAUAUCACGCGCCUUGAUGGGACCAUGGAAGACGCGCAGGCUUACGUAAGACACCUUGGUGAGUGUGUUGACGUGUUGUGCGCUUUUGGUCUACACUUUCUUUACAGCUCUGAGUUGGGUUUAUCGGUCCGACAAAAACCUUUGCCCCUGUGAACAGAAAAAUGCUUUGUACGGUCACGUAGAAGUUUGAAUGCGGAGCAAAGUGCACGAGCGUGAUGGGGGAAAUUGUACAGCAGCUUGCCCUCUCGCGUUGCGACAAUGGAUCGAUCCCUCGUGCUUCCGUCGUCUCAAGUGGAGCAAGACAGGGUUGCGUAUUCAGCGCAACCCUCUUCUGUGCAUUGUUUACAGAUUCUUACUAGGCUCGAUACAAAUCACCGAGUCGACAAGAGGCACCUCCACGUCCGAAGAGUCCACGUUUCUCCUUUACUUCCCCUGUAAAAGACAACUUGCUGAAGCGUCUUUUCCGUGUGACUUUGAAUGUGUUUGGUCGCAGCCGACGGAGCGCGGCUCGUGACUCAACCGAUAGGGCGUCUGGACUCGGAUGCUUGACGACCACUUGACUGGAAUUCAAAUCUCAGAUCGUCCAGCCUCGCAUUGAACUAUGAUUGACCGGUGGCGCCAAGUAAGCCAGAGAUGACUAUUCCCCUGUCAUUUUCGGCAUCAUUUCUACCUUGUUGAGUUGUCGUCGUCGCCAUGCGACCGUCUGUGAAGACACUGGUCUACGGCAUCUCUGGGCAAACCUGAACAAACCUCUUCCGUCCUACAACAAUUCAGCGGUGCGCCACUUUCAUACCGCUAUCGUUGCGUGAACUGAGAAACAUUGCCGGGUAUUCUGACGUAUAAGUGCUUGGCCCCUCCAGCCUGUGUACGCCGUCCACGCACAUUCAGGUGUUGAUUUUGCUUGUGCAGUUGCGUGCACAUACCUAAUACCCGUGUCUUACGUCCCAUCUACCACUCGUACACAACGUCUACAUUCCGACAAAGAUGGGCUUUAUAAAUCACGACUAGCGGACUAUCCUUCUCUAGAUGUCUUGCGGCACUUUCCUCUCUAGUCUUUAUCCCUUAUAUUCAUCGUCCACCAAAUAUAAAAGGAACGAAAACGGUGUUGCCUUCCCCUGGCUGGUCAGUUUCCUCACGUAGGACUUCAUCCUUUCCGCGGUCGAUACUUUGUUGCGCGUUUCACACGUAGAAAUCACUGAGGAAAGGCCGCUCAGCACAUUUCUUCAGCCCUAUUAGAUGAAUAAUUGUCCCCUUCCUCUUCAGAGCACCGCCCUCUUCCGAACCUGCGAAUAAUAUUCGAUUCUCCUGUUCGUGCCCGGAUUUACAGCUAUGCGAUGCAUGUGUUCCAAGGCACUCGUAAGCAAUCCACCAAAACACUGGGGAGUCCUCGAACUAGAGGCUUCAUAGGUCGGGUGUUUGCUGAGGCGUCUGAAUGCCCACGAAACACUCGUCCACCAUGGAUUCAUUUUCAAUUAUAAGUGCAAUAAAUAGCAUUAAUCGGGAGGCGGACUUGAACUCCUGGCUGGUACUGGGCGCAAUCCUAUCCCACUAACAAGGCUCGCUAAAAAAUUUGUGAUUUAAAAACUCCGCAGUCAACUACUCCCAUGCGACAAAAGCAAAGUCCAUUUUGUGUUUAAAUUUUUCAUUUGCCGAAUUUUGGCCAUCUCCCUGCACUCCUGAACCUCGCCUAUGGGAACUUCCUUUACUGAAUUUCAAAAUUCCCAAGUUAAUUGUCUGGUCGGAAUCGCAAGCUGGCUCCCUGUAAAGUUUCUAAGGAGGACAACGCGACUACAGUUAUUGUAGAAAAUAGCACAAAUUAAAUGGCCCACAGGGGGUAAGGCCGUCUCAUCAUCUAGGGCAGCACUCCCUCUUCCUGGCCCUUUAUCCUCUCCAAAUUCAUUCCUGGCUUCAUCAUGACUGUCUUGACCCGACUUCGAGGUUUGACCGCAUCUCGGUUAUUUUUCGAUUAUAGUGUUCCUCAAGUUUCGUAUGGUCAAGCCAACUCUUCAUGCAUUUCAGCCCCACAUAAAGGCAAGACUCUUAGUUUUGCCAAAUGAGGACACUUCCAGAGGAGACUUGUUUUUUGAAUCGGACUCCCAAUUCUUCCCAGGAAAUGAAAUCGCCUUCUUGAACAUUCACUUAUAACUGCCUUCGGUAAGAUGUGGUUAGGUAGCCCCACCUGAUGGACGCAAUACUGUUGGAGUUGGAGUUAGGGGUCAUUAUUUGGGGUUAUGGUUAGGGGUUUGAGUUAGGGGCUAGGGUUAGGGGUAAUGGUUAGGGGUUAGGGCAACUAUUUCUCAACCACUCAUCGUAUAGCUGCGCAUUCCCAAUAGCUUUUCUUUUGCAUACAGUUACUUGACCUCGUUGCCUGUGCGGUCUCCGGCCACACUUGUAAAAAACCCUAUCACCACCAGUCCCGUAUUACAGGUGGUUGGGGGGGAGGGAGGCGGGUGGUAGGUGAGGCUACAUAACCACAUCUGACCCUGCCUUCUUUUGCGCGGUUUUGCUUCAUGCUAGCGCCGCUGUUAUCCUCAUAUAGCUAUUUUAUACUUCUGUUUCCCCACACUUGUACUCCACCAUACUUUCCCACGUUUUUAAAUAACUAACUAGCCUCUUGCUGUUUGCGCUGCCUUAACAGCUGGUGGGCUGACUGUCUUGUAUCCUUUUCUAGCCUCACUGGAGCCCACGCCUCCACCAAAGUUCUCCACCGAGUGCUUUUACUUUACUGCCUGGGCCCUGAACUGCGGUCUCAUGUCCAGUAUUCGUAAGCAUCGUCGCCGUCUUAAGGCAAAAGCAGAUCUCGAGCGCAAUAUCGCCCAACUACAGGAAUUUCUCAAUCAGGCUCGAGGCGUCAGUUCUUUGCCCCCAGGUGAGUGUGUCGCUGUCUCCCCACUUGUAGGCAGCUGUGACGGCUCCUGUCAGUUGUGUACCCGCACGUCACGUGCUACUACCUGCGUCGUCACGUGGUGCGGGAUGCGAUUGGGACCGCAGUCUGUAAUCGUACACGCGGACCCCCUAGCGAGACCGUCCGGCGUCACGUGUGUCUCAGACUCAUGCACAGCGCUAGAUGUGACAGUGCUGGGGCUGAAUGCCGUCUCUCUCUCUCUCUCUCUCUUUCAGCCGAAUUGUUUUUGAGUCGUCGUAAUUCUGGGUAGACACUUUCUUCUCGAACAUCAGGAGAGCUUAUGACGUGUUAGCCAAAUUUUCUUCCUUGUUUGUAUAUCCAUAAAAGGCGGGCCCUUCUAUGUCUCCUGCAUAACUUUUUGCGAAGUGUCGCCUCCUCAGAAUGAUGAAACAGAAUGUCAUACAAGGAUAUUAGAGGAAGGGCGUUGAGAUCGAUCGACAUGUUGCAGUGCCUCCUCGGAGAUGAUGUCCCACCUCAUUGAGUGUAUUUAACCCAAACAUUUAAAAUUAUUCGUGAAAUCUAGCCAUCUCCGUGGUCCUGUCGACCCCGGGUGUCAGUCCAUCUGUAAUUCCGAAGGGAAACCAAGUGUCCACCUGACCUCCCAGCAGAGGAACCGAGAAACAGAAAACCAGAAUGCCUUAAACCCAGCGAUAAACGGAAGUUAGAGACUGUUCGAUAAGGGGGAGGGAGGUUUUGACAGUCGGAAAAAGAGUUUGUUUUCAGGUGAAAGUGGACCUAGAUCCCUCCUUACUGUACUUUGUGAAAUCACAGGUUGUUCACUUUUUAACUCUUGUUUUCCGGAAGUGCUGGGGACUAGGGCAGCUAACUGUGUCUUGAUUACCAUUUACCCAUAAUGCGACAGGUGUAGUGCCUCUUCUUAAGUAAAAGGCUCCAGCACCAAACUAUAGCCAAGACUGUAGAGAGCGUUGUGCCCAGUAGCUGGGCUCCAUGGAGCAGCCACUUUUUGUGCGUUUUCCAUCUGAGCCGAGCUGAAUACCUUCACACCACUUGCCUACCCAGACUUCUGUACUAUUGACUUAUUCAAGUAUUUCGACGUUCAACCUUUCUCGUUAAAGGAGAUGGCGCCAAAGUUGUCACCCGUCUGCAGCACCUGUUUUAGCUAGUGUGCAACAUUCAGUAGAUAACGAACUUGGAGCAGUUUUAUCACUUAUCCUAUACUGCCAGUCUGCUUGCUAAUGUAAGUUUUUAAACCUGACAUCAUAGUGAAUUGUUUGCCAGGAACGAUCUCUUACAAUCAUCUCUCUGCUUUGCCAACCUCAAAGACCACCCUUUAAGUGCGCUUUGAAACACCCCGAAAUAGAAACCCCCUCUCCACAAUAUACUGGGGAAAACGUAGGUGGCCGCCUAGCUAUCGCGUUUUCCAUGUUGUUAUUUUAAAGCGACUGUUGAGUCGAUCGUGGGUGAGCAGAGUGUUCCAGCUGUCCGGCAGAUUAGCCGUGCCCGCUGUUUAGAUAUCGUACGCACACCGCGUAGGUCGGACGUAUACCCGGGCAAGCAACGAUGCAUUUAGUUAAUUCCGACCGCACUAGUGGACCCUUUGAUUCGCCUGUAGACUCAUGUCCAUAGCAAAUUCACAGUUGGAGUAUACGGAAUGGCUCGUCGAGACUUCGUAGUCCGGCCAGAUUAAUCCAGUUCCCACAACCAGAGCCAUGACGUCUGCAGGUCACCGGUCAAUAAAAUGGAUCAGUAACAGCUUUUCUCAUGAUCUCAGAGGACGGCGGGUCAGUCCGCGUAUCAGAGCUGAUUGGGCGAAUGGGAUAAUUAUUCAUCUCCUGUUUCGUCUGAUUUUUAGCGCCUAAUUACACGUGGAGAUAUUAGGAGACACGGUGUAUCCUCCAGGUUCCGGUUGCAUGGCCUCAUCAGGAGCACUCAGACCAAUCAUUCGAAACAGGAAUCGACAUUCAGUCGCCCCUUUUGCACACUCCGCCCACAACCCUUGCCACUACUGAGCAUCUCUAGCGCUGCGUCUAAUACAAAUGUUAAUCAACCGAAGCACUCCUUCCUUUAACAAGUCCUUUAAUUUCCUACUUGAAAGCUGCUUCGUUAAGACAUGUGCAAAGAGCACGUGGACAGCAAACUAUGUCCUGGCCUAUCACGUUUUUGGACAGGACCCUUUUACUGUGUAGCUUGAUAUUCUGGCUGGUUAUUCAUUGUUAUAUUUUGACUGGUUGAUUGACGCGAUUUAAGCAAAAAAUAGUACCUGUGCUUCACUCGGUUACUCCAGCAACUAGUGUUGCAUAAUGUACAAAAUAUAAACAGAGGCCGCUAGUGUUGCCCCGCGUGCUUGUGGGCAAGGAGAAUUUUUUGACAACCAGCGCAUUCAUAUAGCCGCAUACGAGCCGAUCUUGUGCGUUCAAUUGCAUGACUACGAUUUUUCCUGUCUAUCAUGUCGACGGCUGUCAGAGUCCUCUUUGGGUUAGUUACAGAAUCCCUCCACCCAUAUGGCUGCGCCAGCGUACAUCUUUCAGUUCAAGUGUGCAUGACCAGCUAUUAAAAUAGCAGUGUCAGGGGCUGUUGCCUAAUUUCAACAGCACUUUUGGGGCUGCCGUUCCUCUUCUGGCCGGUGCUGUUAAAUAGAAUUUGUCAGUUCUUGCCGUUCAACAGUUUCUUCCUUCUUUCCCACACCACUGCUCUGGCCGUACAGACCACGUCGCCAAAACUGAACGCCUUCUUGAACGCACCAAGUUCGACUUGGCCUGUCAGAAACGCGCCCUCUUCUGCAGCGAGACGGUCCUCAUGCACAAGAAUCUGCUGAAGCCAAUGUCGGUCUACUACAGCUCUCUGGCGCAGUUCAUCAUGCGGGUGGCCGAGGCUGACACGUAAGUUGAGAAUGUUCCUCCCCAUCCAUCCGUCCACCCGCUCCCCUCCCCUCAAGCAGGCGAGAGCGAGAGAGUUCUAGUGCAGGUCCGCUUGCAUACCAUUGAAUGGUUGCCUUGGUGGAGGCAGGCCCCAAUCAUCGACUUUUGGGAAACACCCCCCCGAUCCUGUCUAGUCAAAACUGUUGCAAGUGUGUGGCCGCUGCGCUGUCAGCGAGUUUUGCGGAGCCGACAGUGGGAACUGGGCUGUAGGUGGAGGUCAGACUGAAAUACUCACCUGGUACAAUCAGCCAUCUGUCGUGGCCGCCCAUCCACUAAUAUCACUUGAGGUUGCAUUUCACCUGCCAUCCUUAUUAAAAGGAGAGAUUGAGGGAGAAAAGUAUUUCAGAUGUGAAAUGUGAAAAAAAAACUCCAAAUAUACUUUAUUGACUACUUAAGCCCCGACCACUGUCUGUAGUCUUAGCGUGCGCGAAAUUAUGAAAAUACUAGGAAGAGCUUUCUUUCGGCUGUGUUCUGACCUUCGCGGAAUGUCCAGAGGUAUUUAGGGAAAUGUAGUCCAGCCGUCUCAAGCAUUGCGUUCCAUCAUUGUCCGGAAGGUGCAGAGGUGACCUACUCACCAACUCAUUCUUUAGCAUAACAGACUUUCGUGGCAUCUGUCUCACUCGCGUAUUUCCUCAGCCACCUUGUUCUCGCUAGAAGAAAAAGCCCAAACGACUGGAAAAAGGCGUGGUCACAGUGGGUGACAAAGCCAAUUACCUCAUUAAUUUUUGUCACGCAGACGGCCUUGUUCCUAACUUCGCACGAGGCAAGCUUCAAAGAAAUACGGUUGAAGGGGGCUCUGAAUAUGGUACGUUAAGAAUGAGCAAUUGCGGUCUGACCCUCGUUCUAAAUGAGGAACGGUCUGGCCUCUCACAGGUAGCCAUCCAAAGCCACGACUUCGAUGGCGUCGUGAUAAAAUUCCAGCGAGUGGCAUUUAUGUUACGGUGACGGGACCCACAAUGGAAUCGCUGUCUAGAGUGAAAAGAACAAGUGACCACGCGCGUCGAAGCGGGUCAAGGCAGCUGGGAAGUACAUGCGUCAAACCGGCUAGCCAAUCACCGUGCGACGCGCCACAGCGAGUUUUGCGGAGCCGACAGUGGGAACUGGGCUGUAGGUGGAGGUCAGACUGAAAUACUCACCUGGUGCAAUCAGCUAUCUGUCGUGGCCGCCCAUCCACUAAUAUCACUUGAGGUUGCAUCUCACCUGCCAUCCUUAUUAAAAGAAGAGAUUGAGGGAAAAAGUAUUUCAGAUGUGAAAUGUGAAAAAAAAACUCCAAAUAUACUUUAUUGACUACUUAAGCCCCGACCACUGUCUGUAGUCUUAGCGUGCGCGAAAUUAUGAAAAUACUAGGAAGAGCUUUCUUUCGGCUGUGUUCUGACCUUCGGGGAAUGUCCAGAGGUAUUUAGGGAAAUGUAGUCCAGCCGUCUCAAGCAUUGCGUUCCAUCAUUGUCCGGAAGGUGCAGAGGUGACCUACUCACCAACUCAUUCUUUAGCAUAACAGACUUUCGUGGCAUCUGUCUCACUCGCGUAUUUCCUCAGCCACCUUGUUCUCGCUAGAAGAAAAAGCCCAAACGACUGGAAAAAGGCGUGGUCACAGUGGGUGACAAAGCCAAUUACCUCAUUAAUUUUUGUCACGCAGACGGCCUUGUUCCUAACUUCGCACGAGGCAAGCUUCAAAGAAAUACGGUUGAAGGGGGCCCUGAAUAUGGUACGUUAAGAAUGAGCAAUUGCGGUCUGACCCUCGUUCUAAAUGAGGAACGGUCUGGCCUCUCACAGGUAGCCAUCCAAAGCCACGACUUCGAUGGCGUCGUGAUAAAAUUCCAGCGAGUGGCAUUUAUGUUACGGUGACGGGACCCACAAUGGAAUCGCUGUCUAGAGUGAAAAGAACAAGUGACCACGCGCGUCGAAGCGGGUCAAGGCAGCUGGGAAGUACAUGCGUCAAACCGGCUAGCCAAUCACCGUGCGACGCGCCACAGGCCAGAAUAUUCCAGAAUGCCCUCCGCGAUCGGAACCCCAUUGGUCGAAAGGUUCGAGAACGGCCACAACUCCGAUAAAAGGUGUUAGUUGAUGAGCUAAGGGAUCCGCUGUUUUCCUCCGACCUAGAAUAAGGUGUUUUUCUCCAGAGCCCGCCUUCCUUCUCUCCCAUCUCACCCGUCGGCAUAGAACAAGCAGGAGACAUAGCUGUCCGGCAUUAUGCUUGCAGCAGAACAAAUGCAACAGCUCCUAGACACACAACAGACCAGCUUUGCAACUUUGCUGCCAGAAAUACAGAAGAUUUGGACUCCGACCGGCAAGAGCAAGAGAAAAGAACCCUAAGGGCCUACCACAGAAUUUACUUACGAUCCCGACGGCGGCAUAAAUUUUGAAAAAUGGUCCCUGAAAUACGCACUACUACCUGAAGAGGACGGCUCACAGUUGGAAGAGAAAUAGAAGGCCGGGUCAGCCAGAAAAUGAGCGGUACGUAAAAUUUGUUUUACCAAAGAAGCCAGCUGAUAUUUUAUUUGAGGACGCCACUAAGAAUUCAAAGUCGUUAUCCAAUUUCUCGAAGUGACUGUUCAACAGACGUAUGUGCGUUUUAAAUUAGAAAGACAGCCCUAUAAAGACUAUAUUGACCUAUCUGGUCGGCCAAAUGACGCCCACUAUCAAGCUGGCGUAGGUCACGAGCUAGCAGAGGAAGGCUCUUCUUUUUAUCAAACCUUUGGUUUUUCCGAAGGACGCUGACGUACGCACGCGUCUACCUGCCCAGCUAGAUCAGCGAACCGAGAUAACGGUGCAGAGAUGUGCGUGCGAAUCAUGAAUAUCAAGAGCGACAUUAGGCUGAUUGACGACACAAACAGCCAGCCAGUAACCGUGUAUGGUACAAAAACCAGCAAACCGAGGGAGAACUGUAGUUUCCUCGGGGAAACCAAAAACAGCCUGUUAAUAUUGUGGCAAAUGGAAUUUCGUGUCAGAUUGUCCAUAUCGCAGAAGAAAAUGGUACGAAUGUUCUCUGUUCGGCCACAAAGUGACACACUGUCGGGACAAACAAUCGGGUCCAAGAAGGAGCUGUAAUGCGAUCACCCAGCACGAAUCACAGGUGUUCACCUGUGAAUAUAGAGAACGCCAGACGGUCACUAUGAACGGGAAACAGGUCGACACAGCUUCCGAUCUCACGAUAGUCAACAAAAUUACGUGGAAGCCUUUGGGUAUCCGUAAUUGAGACCAACGGCCGUCCGGGCAUGGGCAUCAAACAGUACAAAAGUGCAAUUGGAAUGUGUCUUCCAGGUUAUUAUAAUUUUCGAGGACAAACCAUGUCUGCCGGACAUCUCUGUCUCGAAGUCUGGUAACUGUCUACUGGGCAACAAGACUAUCUCCCAGCUAGGCCUCUGGGGUCGGUCGUUCUAGGAGAUAUGCUGAGCUGUAAAGGUCACAGAAGAAGGCCGGGAGAAGAAGUAUACCGGACAGAUGAAGAUGUCGGUCAGAACGUAAACAAAAGUGGAGGCGAUUUUGUGGGUGAACCCGGGGAAGAAACAAGUCUCCAGAUAGAGUCGACGCGAUGGCGUAUUAUCCUCUUGAUUUAUGACUUCACAAUCCAGUAUGUACGCGCUCAGAAGUCCGAAUCUCCUGACGCCUUUCCACGACUUGGCGCAGGCGAGGAAAAGUAAAAAUACUUUGUGGUCGUAAGCACGCUGGUACAAAAUGAUGGCGAGUUUAGAGGUGUCAUCCAACAGUUGCCCAUCACAGCCCAACAUAUCAGGGCCCCCACCGAAUCCGACUCCCUAUUGCGCCAGGUAAUGGAAUUUAUUCGGAUUGGUUGACCUGCUGAAGGCAAAGUACAUCCAUCUAUAAAAUCCUUCAGGAACAGAAAUGAGCAGCUGUGUAUCACGUAAAAUUGUAUGAUGUAUGGUGGUAGAGUGGUGACUUCAGCCAGAUAUCAGCAUUAAGUUUUUCGGGAGCUCCAUGUCGGACAUCAGGGUAUGACCGCAUAAAACAAUUAACUUUAAGGUACGUAAAUUGGCCGGAAAUUGAUAAGGACAUAUAAUCUUUCGUUCUCAGCUGUGACCCGUGUGGACUUGAGACUAUAAACCCCCCAAAGGUGCCGCCUGUGCCAUGGCCGAAUUUGACAAGACCGCGGAAUGGAGUCUAUAUGGAAUUCAUUGGACCGUUCCUUAAUCGAAUAUUUCUAAAAUGUUGUCGACGCGCGGCCAAAGUGUCUGGAAGUUUUCGGCGUCGCAGCAGCUACUGCUGAUAUCACAGCAAAUAAGACGGAAGAACUCAUCUCAAGAUAUGGCAUCCCCACGGAGGUUGCAACGGAUAACGACACACAGUUUAAGUCAUCGCUGUUCCAUAAAUUGGGCCAAAAUUGGGGAUCCAACGUCACCACCAUUUCAUCCCCAAUUUACUGGCCAUCCAGAACGCUCGGUCGAUACCUUCAAGAGAGCGAUGAAAAAGAUGUGGAACAUGGUCAUUAAGAUGGACUGCCACAACACAUUCCUUUUCGACUAUAGAACAACCCCAAAAACUCAUCUUGGCGCACAAACACCAGUCGCGCCUUUUUGGGCCUACAGCCAGAUGUACGAGUACAAUACUUAAAACCAGAAGUCAGUUCUCCACCCGGCAAGAUACAACUUUCGAGAGGGAGAAGAGGUGUUCGCUCGCAGUUACAAAGCCGGAGAAAAGUCCUGGUUAGAGGGUAUAGUAAAGAAAUCCAGAGGUGUUGUGUUCGAGGUGGAGACAACUGCUGGAAAAAUCAAAAGGCAUGCGAACCAGUUCAUGUAUAGAUCCAUCGCAGACGGCCACCUAGCGCUCGACCUGCCAUACGACACCAUCGAGGGCAAGGAUAAAGUGUACGACGGGGGUCAGAAAAAGGUAACCUGUGGAGCGUUUCUUACGCUACUCGUGGUAAUAAGAUUUAUAUGUGUGUAGCCUCAUAGAAGUGUACUGAAGCCUCCUUAAAAAGAAACUACUCGAAGCAAGCCUCGUGUCCGACAGAGCGGUAUGGGUCCACGUGGACGAAGUGCAGUACCGCCUUUGAUUUGGGCUUGACAACGGGGACCUAAAGGAUGCAUGGGAGACCUUUUUGUCCAAUAUUGCGGACGCAAAGGAGUAGGUCGUGUGGUAAUAUUCUCUGUUGGGUACCCGGACAUGACGACGGUGUGGGCGGUGGGAAUAUGCAUAGGAAGGCGCCUCGUGCAUCCCCCCAACUCCGGACAAGUCAUUUGCUUUUUACGAAAGAAUUGCUUGUGGGAGGUGCAGAACAAUGAGUCCAUAUAGACAUUUUUGCAUCACCGCAUCCACAGGCAAUUUAGUCCAAAGAACGUCACCCUGCCGGGGUUACAGCCGUCGAAGGGCGUGACUGGAUUUCGACCGAAAACUCUACCGAACAACGUCUGCGUAGAUGAAUAUAGUAGGCAAUUCCCGACGGUAACCCUACCCCCGAUCGUAUACUUUAUCCCCUUUGAGGUUCCGGCCCCCAAGGUAGGCAGUCAGCCAACACCGCAUAUCACUCGUAGAAGUAGCAGAAGAACGCAGCCUCCAAGGAAACUGGUCUCGGGCCCGAAGAAGAGAAAUAGGUACGAGGUACAACUUUGAAAAGCAGAAGGUCAUAAUGGAAAUCGCAUGCAAUGUGGAGUCAAGGCCUAGGGCGAAGGGAAGACUUGACCGCGCACGGAACAGCAGACCAUGCCAGCAGCGUGAGACCAACGCGUACGCUGCCUUUGCCCUCGCGUGAGGCCCAGUCGAUGGCCGGUCGAAUAUCCGAGACUUCCAGGAGGGGAUUUUCGCGCACCCAACAGCCAAUCCAUAACCUACACGCCAUAGGCCGGAAUGUUCCAGAACGCCCAGGGUCCUAAAUAAAUAGGACGCCUUUCGAGAAGUUAAGGAACCGUGUUUGCAGGCUGUGGAAGUAAAGUGGUUGUUCUCAGGACACGUAUUCCAUCUCUUCUCCCUUACCUGUCGGGCUAUGAGUUUACUUUAGGGAAAAAUAUGUUCAGUCAUCAGGACGAAGGGUGGCUGGUCAAUUGUGGUCCCAAUAUUUCCCCCUCCCACUGGAAUGUACCAGCUACCUGUCCGAUCUGGUCAGUCAGCCGGUGAUGAGAUCGGUGGGGUGUGGUGGCACGCCUAGGUGCGGGUCCGGCCGUGCCAGCCACCUGCGCCCUCCUCCGCCUCCGGUCUUCUCGACUCUGCCUUGACACCGGGUCCUGGUGGUGGAGGAGGGGAGAGUGCGGUAGAUUCCGCGCAAGUCCACUAUCACCAAACUAAUUCACGCGCAAUUCGCCGUGUCUGUUGCACCUUGCUGUGUAGCGCAGAGGGUGGACAUAGUCGGAAUCGACGGCCGAAUUGUCGAUGAGAUCGGUCACAGUUUGACAUGACGUGGCCUGGUGCAACUGUGUAUGAGGGCUUGUUUUGUACUGAUCAUCUUUGUGAUCCCGCCUGGGUAAACUCCCUCCCAUGUCAAAAAUUGUUCGUGUUUCGUGAUUUUUGGGGCCUAUUGCGCAAAAAUUAUUGGGGCUGGAAGUUCCUUUGUACACAACGCACGUUUACUUAUGCCGUGGGCCAGUAUUUGCAUAGUACAGAUUUCGCUUCCUACUGAAGGGACUAGAUUAAGAAAGUGCCGCGGAACUCCGUCGCGAGAAGCGGACCACCGUCUAACGAACUCCGAAUUAAACAUUGAAGUCAUUUACCUGUUUUGCCGGUUCGAAAAGGCCGAAAAGUUUUGACCUCUGGUUAUGGAUCAAUAAUAGACAAUAUCAUCACCGUCCUUUUCUGACAGUCUUUACUUUCCUCGGCCGUAAUCACUACCACCGAAAUGUCAUUUUAACGGUUUGGCACGCAAAGUUCUGGCUUUUUUUAUUUGUUUCCGUGUAUACUUCAGGCGUUGAAUUAAGUUUUACAGCGCGUCUUGCCAGCCCCAUUUCGCCUUACCAACUUCACCCCUAAAGUCUUCACCCAUAAGGCGAACGGAGUCGUAGCGCGAAUAGGUGAUCAUCCCGAAAAAGCUUUGUGAUUUCGAAUUCUAAAUUACUAAACCACAAACUUCCUGAGGUGGUGAAAGAGUUGUCUCAGGAACUUCAGCGUAAUUCAGUAUUGAUAAGUUAAGUCUUAAGAAACAAAGUUUUCAUUACGACGUGCCUGUAAAAUGAUGUACAAGUGUAUGAGGGGUUCAGUUAGCCCCUUGAAUCGAAGUAUUUAUAAGCACUUAACGACAGUAUAAGCUUUAUAUUUUGCCAUCUGUCAGCUAUUUCGACACCCAUUUCGAUCGAUCGGCGGCUUUCUAGUGAAUCACUGUGCCGCGCACUCGUCGGGGCUUAAAAACGUCCUCCCAGGCUGCUUCGUUGUUUUCCUUAUGCUGAUUUCGUUUGGAUAAAGUAGCUUCUCAACUGGCCUAACGUCGCGCUUUUCGACGGAUGGCUGGUCAUCACCAGUCCUCAUGCAUUUAAACCGCUUCGGAAAUUCGAACCCAAACUAGAGCUGUCCCAAUGAUUGUCCCCACCUUUUCAGCAAAUUCCACCUGCAUUCAUAUUUUGCUAUGAUCAGUGUAGAAGUUGGAUGUCCCUACUCAAAGCUAUCGUCUACCUCCCACUUUUCGACGUGGUUUUUUAUUCUGAUUCAUUUCUCUUCCUCCGUGGGUCACAAGAGGUUUCUGUUCUCGUAGAUAUCCCUGUUAACGUAGGUUAAGCAUCCUUGCAAAUUUUCUCAUUUGACAUCUAAACCUAAUUUUGCUAUCAUCCUGGGUAUGCGUUUCUCCGUUUUUUUUUUGAAUCGCUUAAAAGUUCCUUUUGGUUACUCCUCUGUCAGGAGAAAUAACUUCAUCACAUUCCAAAACGGCUUUUCUGACCUUUUAGAAAAAUCUGCCCCUUCAGGAAAUAUUUUCAUCUCUCGUAGUGCGUAUAAAUCUUGCAAAUUUUAAAUCAGAUGUGCUUAGUUAGCUUGCUAUUAGAUGUUGCAUCAAGAUGCGUCAAGCUUCAUGAUGUUUCCGUUUGAUGGGCGGGUGGAAAUGCUUUUUGCCGUCUUGCCAUGGGGCAAAACGCCCCUCGAAGCUCGAUGGUAGCGACAGCACGAAGUUGUCGACUAAAAGCAUUGUACUUAGCCUCAGAUUUCCAUCUUGUCAUCUCAAGCUCCCCAAUAUUCGAGUUAUAUUUGCGCGAAGAUUUCGGUAAUCCAUUUUGCAUACCUAGGCGUCUUUAGCCGCCAUGCCUGUUAACUGUCCUUUUUGUCUACACGAGGUCAGAUUUCAUAGUACAAUUUGACCACAUCAUAACCUGUUAAACCUCAGUAAGUUCUUGCAUAACCUUCCUAUCCAGCCUUGGCGCCUCUGCGCUACCUCCUUAAGUAUUUGUUUAAAGGGGCAUUCGAUUACGAUAAACAUGCCAACAUUAACCUCUUAAAUCAUUUCGACCCUGAAUGUCCGGGUUUUUGUUGACGCCAGCUCUUUUCUCCGCUACUGAACAUACAAGGCGUGACCUAACUCAUGAAACUUGAUGACAGAAACUGAGACGAAAGCGUUAAGGCCCCUUAAACGUUGCGCACUUUGCUCACUUGCCCAGCGCCCUCUGGUAAAUGUCUUUUUCUCGUGUAGAAGAUGUCUUAGCAAUUUUAUCAGGCAAGAUUUUCUUAGGUUUGAGUGAAGAUGGACGUUGCGAUAUAUUCGGGCAACUUCCCAUGCUAAUACCUGUUCAGGACUUGGUUCGCGCACCUGAGCAUGUUUUUUUUUCUUUGAGAGAAGAGUAAUUUGCCCUUUAGAGUUUCACUAACCAGAUCUUGCUGCAUUUAAAAACUGACUUUUUUGCCUGAUGCCAAGCGUGUAAAUCAGGUUGCGAUCCCGCAGGUUUUUUUAAAGAACCAGACGCUUCAUCGAUUUAUAAAAGCUUUUUGCAAUUCCGAGCGAGAAUGGUUUUUAAAAACUGCCAAAAAUUUCGUGCCAGAGAUAUUUUUUCUCAGAUAAUCGGCAAGGAGGGACUUCUGGUGCUGUGACUUCCAGCAGCACAUGCGUCUUGACAGCACCGUUUUUAAAGUUAUGUAAUGCUACUUUUCAGUUUUAUUGGACUUCACACUGCAUCACACUUUUUUGCUCUCAGGAUUACUUGUGUAUCAAGAGCGGAGGUCACCCCAAAACAAUUCGCCUUCCUGCCGGAGUUCUUUGUGGACGACAUCGCAGACUUUCUGCUUUUUGUUGCGAGGUACUUGACUUUCUUUUCGCCUAAGUCUCUGCUCCUCAUUCUUAUCCAAAAAGUAAUUGUCCAGAUUGUAUUAUCCAACAGAGGACGCCUGCACUUGCUUGGUGCAUCGAACACCAUCUCCUUGCAUCUUUUUUUAGGACCGCACACGCUUUCUGCCCCGUCCCGCCGCCCAUCCAUCUGUAUAUUGUCCAUACCCGAAUCAUGCUUUUCUGCUAGUCGUUGUUGGGUGCUAAAUUUGGCCUUCGUAAUUGAACCGUAGAAACUCUUUCGUCGUCUGAGAUAUUUACUGUCACCUGAUUUGCGGCCUCCGUAGAAUAUUAUUAUAGUCCCUCACCCUCGUCCGUCUCAGUCCUAUGAACAGUUCAUUCCUACCGCCAUUUUCUGCAGGGUUGACCUCAGCCCUGUCCUUGAUGACCUAUCCCGGUCCUGGAGGGGUCUGAACGGCAUACAGUAGUUCGGGCGUCGUAAUAGCCCUUUUCCCGGCAGCCAGCAACUCGACUGCGUGGGAGCCGAUAAUCUUGACUGGCACACAGACACAUAGCAGCGGCAUGACAACUACAUACUUCAACACCUGGCCAAUCGAGUUGCCAACUGUGAUAAGCAUGUAGCGGCCUAGAAUCUAUAUCCUAUAAAUACCGCAACACCUGGGCAAUUCACUACCCUUAUCUGACUCUGUUUCUAGUGAUGGAUUCAAGUGAGAAUUAGAAACGUGACUAGUAAAGCUCUUGUUCCAGCGAUCGCGUCCUCCUUCAUCGCGACUACUUCCUGGAACUCGCCUCUUUGCUUCUAUUUUCCUUCCUACUUGUUUGAUUUGGAACUGUUGGAUAAAAGCACUCCUGCACAUAAGUUUGCGUUGACAGUGUGGUAUAUUAGUGUUGUUAUUCAGUACAAAACCAUCUCUGCUAACGGUUAGUCUAACUAGACGCCGACCAGGUAUGGCAAGUGUGGAAAUUGCCUCCUUUCUAGACAGCACCAGCACAAACCACCGCACCCAGUCCUCACGCAGACGCCACAGGGCCAAGUGAACCGGGGUAGUCUGCUCGCUGUUGUGUGAAGUUUUGUGGGCUGGUGUCGCGUAGUUUUUUCGGCUACAGAUUUGUGAACACUGAUGGUAGAAUUGAGCCGAGGGGCAAUGUUGCCUUUGUGGACGUAGACGCGUAGGUAUCCAACCAGGACAAUUGGGCACUGGCUAGGCAAAAAUAUCCUUCUGACGGAGAUGGGCAACGUAUUAUGUUCGGAGCCAGCUGUUGUUUAUCAUUCCAACAGCUACUAACACCUACUUAGUGCUAUAGUAAGGCGUAAAAAGCUGAGAUUCAUCGCUUUCCCGCACGUAUUUUGUCGGAAAGAUUUGGAGCCUAGUCGAUAUGUCCGAGUCUGUAAAUGCCUUAAUAAUAGUGACACUUCUUUGGAGUAAGGACUGUCUCUGCUGUUUUUGCCGCUGUUCCAAUGGCAAUUAUUAUGACAUCACAGUAUUGCAAAGCACUUGACGUCCAGAAGCGCGCAUAGCGGUCCAUUUUUCGCGGUAUAAAUGUCUGGUGGGCCUUGCCAUUCCGCAAAAUGCUUUUCCGUAUCAAGCGUCUCUGCCUAUUGUUAAUUCUGUAACAUAUUUUACACGAAAGACAGUCGAGUAUUGCGAUUUAUAUGACAAACCAUCCUUCCACGACGCCAUUUGGUCACGUCAUGCCUUCCACUUUUUGAAAAAUCACAAACGCCUUGAGAAGUACCGUGCAUCUGUUUGGUGGUAAUUUAUCUCCUUUUUUCACCGUUUUUUAAGUUCCUUGCUGAUGCCCUGUCUGGCGGAUGCUGGCACUCUCUCAUCUUUCGUCAAUUUCAUCCUGUUUGCAAGUUGCCAUGCCCACUUCAUCCGCAAUCCCUAUCUGGUCGCCAAGUGUGUCGAGGUUUGUACAUCACUUUUCUCUUUGCCUUCUUCCUUAUUCACGUGCGGAAGUUGUCUUUUGCCCUCAGCCCUCCUCAAUGACUGUCUUUGUGCACAGGAGUUUUCUCAGUCAGGAACGUCGAACUCUCUCUGUGUGUACUUUUCUGUACUAAUUCAUGAUCAGUUUUCACCGAACUCGAUUGGAACGUUGAGAAAGGAGACAAUCAAUGAGCCAAUUAUGACCCCCUGUCUGUCUUUCAGUUCACUUUCUGUCUAAGCCGUUGCAUGUCUUCCUCAGUGGUGAAAAGUUAGGAACCGUCCAUUUUAAAAUGUGUUUGGUUCUUUCGCGUAAAAUUACCGUGUGAGGCUUGCUGUUAGGUAGGUGCGACCGCAGAACCGACUAGCAAGGAGUUUUCUCUCAACCGGCCCUCGGUUGAACGGCCUUCCACCCGUCUGCGUAAAUCAAGCCUACAAAAUACUUGCUACUUAAGCGCUUUGCCUCUGUUAACCAAUUAAAUUUUAUGGAGGGCAAGCGUUAACGUCCAUUUUCUUGGAAAUUACGCCUUCAUCGGUCUUUUUCAUGCUUCCGAGCAUGGGCAUUGAUUAGCUUUGGAUAAAAAAUCCCCUAAUACUUGUGUAUUUUAAACAAAAUCACCAUUCAUAUGGACCCAACUGUGAAAAACUCGGCGCCUCGGUGUGAUUCGAACCCACUUAGUAAGGGGAAGGCUUUAGUACAGCCAUUCUUACAUUCCUCUAAGGUUUCCACGCUAAAUGCCGCGUACUUUCUCCGAAAAGAAAACCAGCACAACCAUGUGUUGACACUAGGAGGCUUUCUGUUAGCCAAUGGAUUUCUGUAGAGCAUUUGUCGAGCAUACGCGUACAUUCGAUAAAUUCUCAUCGGGCGGGGUACAAAGUGAACCGUGUGCGCCAUGAGAGGAAUCGAUUUACUGUUCGUCUUUGCAUACAAGCGGGGUGCGUGAAUAGGGGAGAGGAGGCAGUAAGUGACAGUGUGGGUUAGGUAGAGCCGUGUCACAGGGGGGGGGAGGAAGGACGGGGGGCGCAGAGACACAUACAGUUAAUCGAUCUUUGCCCACGGUAGACGUUGAUCUUGCAAGUAGUCGUUGACCCAGUCGCUUACCCUAGUUUGGUCGGAGCCUGUAAAUCGCACGGAGGGCUUCGUUGGGAUCCACACGAUGCCUCGAAUCAACCGUAUACAUUUUUAUUACAUUGCGUGUUUUGUGAGUUACAUCAUUAAACCCGUGGACGGUGCGCAACCUUGAUACUUUCCAAAAAACUGAAGUGUCCUCUUCCCUUAUCAUCCACAUUUUAUGCAGACAUACUUUUCCACAAAUAAAAUGUACAAAAUAGUCUACUAUGCAGCCCUGGCAACAUUACUCUUUGCUUAGUCAGUAUUUUGCGAGUUUCAUUCACACGGGAGUGUGAAAAAGGCCGGCACACUACUGCACAGAAAUUGACUUGGACGUACACGCCCUGAUAACCAGCUGUACAACCCAACCAACAAAAUAUCAGGCCGACCAUCGAGCUAAGAACGGACCCUUCAUGUAAGACCUAAUAGCAGCCUGAGGAGCAAACCACACCAACACUUCAUGCUAGCUUUGACUUGUUUCGGGACGAUUUCGCAUAAAUGAAAGUUCAUACCAAUUUACUCUGAAUAAUUAGCCUGCUUGGUAAGCUGCCUCAUCCUCUUGAGCCUGCCUAUUCAAGCAAAAGUCUUAAAAUUUGGAAUUUUCCGUGACCAGGAUUAUGCAAGGUUUUAUAGGUUAGGUCUUAUUGAUACGUCAUGAUAUAGCAACAGUGGGUUUAAAACAUGGCACAAUUGACAGCACGCUACGGUGCAAAUCUUCAUGCGGGACCUUUCAUCGCACCCAGCUGUCAGAGUUCACUUAUGAUCUGUGACCGAGCUCAUGAAAUGUUGGUCGAAAUUCCGAAAUGCUUCUUUGAUUGAGAGGGACUAUCUAAGUAGGAGUACAAUAAUAAUUACCAUGCAGAGUACACCCCAGUUGUUUCAGCCACGAUAGGGUUCCGGCUUUUGAAAUCACUUCCCUUCGGUCGCCUGCAAGAACUUCACUUGGCCUAAAAACGCAAAUGCAACCGCAGAGCGGGCUCAAAAUUAUUCAGGAAUUAAGAAACUUCAAAACCUAGAAAUAUGCUUUCAAAUUAAUGCAGGAAAGGCCUUUUAUGCACGUUUUCAAUAAAAUAAGGGCCAUCGAAAGGCACUGAAACAGUCAUACUACCCAGGUAGUCAUUUUUACUGAAUGCGGUAAAAGAAUUGUAUUCAAAAGCCGCAUUCAGCCUUGACUGAAAUAUCCUGGGAUUACGCUGCAUGAUAAUCAAUAUUACAAUCCCACUGAAAUAAUUCUUCCCAGUCGAAGGCACAUUUCAGAAUUUUGGUUGAAAUUUCCUGAGAUCGGUCACUGACUGUAGGUAUGCCAUCCUUUUGGACGAAAUACACAAGGAUUUUGUUUAAUAUUUCUUUAGCUUCCACCUCUGCGAGGGAUUUCGAUGCCCGAAACACCGGCUGUCAAGCAAAACUAAUGCACCCUUGGUUUAGGUCAAGUGUCUACAUCUGCCUAUUUCAUAUCCAUUAAUCGUCGAGGCAUUCUGCCUAUUGCCCUAACUUAAUGCGCCCCCUCUCUCUCCACCCCCUAGGUCCUCUCGUACUGGUGCCACCCCGGUAGCUUGGGUCCAGGAAACAACCUGAAAGGAGUCUUGGAGACUCUUGCUAAUUCGAGACUGAUUAGCGCCCUGAUCCGGUUCUACAUCGACAUUGAGUCAACCGGUGCCUCCAAUGAGUUCUAUGACAAGUUCUCCAUUCGGUUCAAUAUCUCUGUCAUCUUCAUCACUCUAUGGGAUGUGGGCUUUUUUAAGCCCCACUUCCUCCGUGAGGCUGAGUACGUGUCAACCUUUCCUUUCCAUUCAUUCCUAUUAAGUUUCCACGGGCUUCUCAACAUUGCGCUGUUGUGGGUUGGUGAGUGAUGACGGCCUAGUUCCGUAAACUUACCGUUACGGGGGUUCAUCAAUUUCCGUCAAGUAGAUCAGUAUUUAACUGCCUCACAAGUCAUAAAACUCCGUCGUUAGUGUUGGUUACUUGGUUAGUUUAUUUUUUUCGCUUCACUUCCCACAGAGAAAUGGAUACACCAGUGAAACUUUUGGACCGAUUAAUUUGCGUUGAGGACGAGAUGGGUUACCCAAGUGAUGCACUUCUUUGAAUUACAGAUGUUCAAGACUGUUUUCGCAGUUGACCUCACUGGCUGAGUACUUCCGCCCAGUGGGUGUUCCGUGUCCGGGGGUCAAUUUGCGACGUCUCUGCAUGUGCCUGCUUAAACUGUCCUAAACUGAUUGGGUAGACGUGAAUUGCCGUUGAUCACGUUGAUGAUACAGGUUGAUAUCCCCUCUAUGGGCAGUCUAGCUUCUAAAUGUGGCUGUAAGGGGUGUGCGCCCUGCCUAUACAGGAGGCGUGAGAUGUGGAUCUUGUCUCCAGUUGCGUGUUCGCUGCGUCAAGUAAGGGCAUGUGGCCGUCUAUGAGUCGCGUGAUCGCCCGUGUUAGAGUUGACGGAAUUUCAGGCUAGCACGUUCGAACGAGUGACCCUCAGGCGGUAGGGUACGCAUAAGGCCCCCAAACCCGCCGCACCACUUCUCCAUGGAGCCCUAACUAUUGCCGUGAACGCGUCUGGUACGGGGGUUCGGGCCACGUCAGGCUGCGGCUGCUACUAUCUCUAACGAUGAACUGCAGGAGUUCGAAAACUCAGAACGAUAAUACCCCGGUGCUCCACCAGCCUUCUUCUUCUUCUUCACUUAGACGUCAGGUGGUGCUUCAUCGUUUCGUCGGUUGACUGACAAGCUCAGGCAGGCCACUGGUGUAUACGAGAGAAAGAAGCCGAUAUUGGUAAUUGACCACAUUCUUUACUUAAAUGAAUUAGCACGACGCACGGAAAGUCGUAGUUUGAGAAGCUACUGGUUGACAGACCAGUAGAAUGAGAACUAGGCUGUUAUUGCUCCUUCGUAGAGCAGUGUCUUAUCUCCUGUGGUAUCCAGACCCGCCUGCAUCUUUACUGACUCAGUCUUGAUACCCGGUUCAGGUGGGUGGGGCGUGCGCUAGAUGCAUCGAAAGUCCACUAUCAUUAUAAACUAGUUCACGCGCAAGCCACUGUCCCUCCGCCCACCCUGCUGUGGGGCAUACGAUGGACAUCGUCGGUAAAUACGACCGAACUGUUACGUGUAAUCAACAAGUUGGCUAACUUUGUCCGUCACUGUGCCGACGUCCUUUUCCGGUCGUCUUAGCUUCUCUUGUCAUCACAGCACGCUGGGUGAGGGUGAGGUAGUUGGCGCGAAAGUCAGCUACUCAAAAAGGCAAAUUUACAUGUAGGUCAGUUCUGCACUCUGGGGACAGGGAUGGAACGCAUUACUUGCUAGAAGGAAACCACAUGCUUGCAUUCCAUCUCGCCUCUGCCUGGUGCAUAAUGCUAAACCUGAGCAUGGGAAGGGAUUCAUUUCACUGCCUUUCCAGGCUCCCUGCUACAUGGAUACUGCAUCUCUUUGCAACGUGUACCAAUUGUGUUCGUUUCCAUGCUUACACCCCCCCUACAUCUCGUAUGAUAGGGAGGAUCCGGCCAUCUUCACAAAGUUCAUCAAUCGCAUGAUCAAUGACAUGUCCUUCCUGCUUGAAGAGGCUCUUGAUGGCCUUAAGAAGGUGCGCGAGCUCCAGGAACUGCGCAAUGACGCCGGUCGGUGGAGUAGGUUGUCACGACAACAGCAGCUUAACAACGCUGCCGAAUUGGCCACUCAUGAGCGUCAGGUAGGCCCUCUGUUCCUGCUUGUUGCCGUUUCUGCUAGCAGAGCAUUAUUCAGCGUCUGAACAGGUCCAGUCUAAACAAUGUGUCCUCCUGAAUACUCUCACGAUCAGGUCUCCUGGUGAACUGCCCUACAUCUCACAGUCCGCCGCGGGAUACCUCUUCCCUGUUUGCUUCCUCUUAAUUAUCUAUGCUAUGGGUAGAUUUUCUUGCCACUUGUGAUCCCUUUUUCUAGGAUAAGUUCGAUUAGAGGUAUAUGCAAACAGAGUGACAUCUCACCUCUUUUGUGUUUUUACCCCAAACGUGACUUUUGGUCCGCGUUUCGCGGUAUGCUGCUUUUAGCCACAAGGGUCGCCCCCGGUGGCAUAGGGUUAUUGGUUUUGUUUUGUGUUGAUUUAAGAAGAUAAACGUAUGAACAUACUGAGCACGUUAACUGCCUUGAGGUCUGCUGUGCAUGUGAAGUGGACGGCCAGCACGUGUUGGGCACGUGUAGACGGGAACUUUAUGUCAGGUCACUGCUGACAGGCCUACCUCUAGUCGUCCCGAACUCUUCUUGUCAUUUGGCAGCAUGGGCAUAAGAACUGGGUGUAUUGUCGAUACAGCACAAGUCCCCCUCCGUAUGAUCUAGUUCACGUUCUCUUCACCACGCUGCCCCUCCAGGAUAGUGAUUUUCACCAUUGCUUUAGGCAGGUUGUCGAACCCUUGGAAGUAUGCAAAGGGUUGGUUCUUGGUCAAAUGGUGGAUAGCCAAAAAUCCACACUGCACCGUCCUUUUCUUUCCUUUUGAUGGCGCUACAAAUGCCCUAUCCAAAUGUCGGCGAGGAUCUUCCACCUAACGAGUCUUGCCUGAUGAACUACGGCCCUCACUGGUAGAAUUGACAAUUCGAGAGUGUUAAUUUUAAAUCGCUAGAAGAACAAAUUAGUCAGACGGCUACGUAAACUAGGCGAAACGUCAUUGUGGAAAAUUAAUCGAAUUCUCUUCAUUUUGCGCAUCUUGCCUAAUUGAUCUAUGUGCUUAUUUAAAAGAAUUCUCCCUGAAAUCGAGAGCUUUCUGGCUAUUAUGAAAUUCUUCAUAAACAUUGUCUCUUUGCCUCCCUCUCCCUGUACUUGUCUUUUACCUCCUUUUCCACCAAAUUCUGGUAGAAGUUCGUGUCGUAGUAUUUUAACACCAGACUCUCUUAACCUCUACAUAUUCACCAAAUAAUGCCCAUGUCAUCCAUUGUGCUGCAAUCUUUUGUUGACUAGCAUUUUAUUUAUUCGAUCCUCUGCAGGUCCGAUCCUACCUCACUCUUGCCAACCAGACCGUGAAAUUGCUCUUCCACCUCACUAUGGACAUCAAGGAGCCCUUUUUGCGACCUGAGAUAAUCGGCAAGCUGGCUGCGAUGCUGGACUACAAUAUGGUUCAGUUAUGUGGUCCCCAAUGCAGCAGGUGGUUGCUUUCCCUUUUCAAUUCCUUCUCAAGAUAAAUGUUUGUGCUUGCUUGCUCCAUUUUCUACUACCAUUACCAUCUGAGUAUUCUCUGCUUUUAAACAUUGGUUCUCAAGACGUAAUUUCCUCAAGCAAACUCGUAAUGAAUACUCAUUUCGCAUGUUCCUUCCAAGAGAAGUUAAUUACUUUACACAAGCAUAAAUAAAAUCUAAUGCAGCAGUCUCGAUCUUUGCAUAGUUGGCUCUUCGUAGUUUACUAGAACUGUUGUUAGUCGAAAGUCAGUAUACCACUUUGCAUUAUACGCAUUAGCCUUGUCAUUCGGCCUAAUUGCUAUUUUUUCUGGUAAAGAGCUUUUGCGGAUUUCAGCUGUGAAUUCAUUAGAUAGAGCGCAAAGUGGGCAUUGUUUAGACCUUCUUUCACAGAUUUUUUUGCCGUAAAUUUCCACUUUACCGCAUCUCGACUUGUCUCAGCACCGGAGCAGAGUUCAUGAGGACAAAAUUGGUCUUGCUGCUGAGACCUGGUAACCUAAUGACGUUCACUGUGUCGGUACACAGGAAUGCCGUUCACUGAUCUUUUACUCUGGCUGCUGGACGCAAUACGAAGCGAUUCCGCAGCAAGGUGAGCCCAGAGACGGUGACUUGUGCACGAAUUUGUUUAUAAUGAUGGCAAAUUUGUACAGCAUCUACCUCACACUCUCCACCUGCCCCACCUGGACCCCGUGUCAAGACGAAGUCAAGAAGACUGGAGGCGGGGGAAGGCGCAGGUGAAUGGCACGGUCGAGCCCGCACCUUGGCGUUCCACUCCACACCCCCUGGUCCACACAGCCAAUGACCAGAUUUUUGACCAACAGCAACAAUGGGGGGUGGCAGGGGUCUCAGUGUGCGCGGCGGCUGCCGGCAGUCGGGCCUGCCACCGGACCCCAAGACGUCGGCAUUUGUUAUGGAUCGCAAAUCCGAUAACGCCUGCCAGAAUUCGAUACGGCCCCUGUGCUGGUCCGGCGCGGCUACUUGCAUAGCGAUUAACGAUCAAUCAUAUCGGAACGGCGUAAGGUGCUGUGAGUUAUGGUUAGCCUAUGACGAAAGUAGGCCAGAUGUGACCUAUGGCACCAAUGAUAACUCUGUAAGAGUCGAUCUGUUCGAACAUUUAUCGAAGAUUGACAUCGUGCUCGGAAAAGUCAGACACCGCAACCAAUAGGUCAACCAUACGAAACCAAGGCUUCUCAGAACUUUAUCGAUAAAUUCCUCAGACUAUAGACAGGCGAGUGAACCCAAACAACCUAAAAAGAGUGAUAACGGCAGUUUGGGGCGCAUUACGGGCCUCGGUAAAUAAGCAAGUCAGGUUCUUGAAGAUACACGAUUACUAUGCAACUAGAUAGCAGUCUUGAAUAUUUUUGGACAGGCACUGAUCAGGAGUAAUCAGUGAGUUCAGGUCGCGUUAGCCGCCAGAACGGAAUGAUGUUCAGCAACUGUCUGGCUGUCGUCUGCCUAAGCCAGGUACGUGGUCAGACUCCGUCUUGACAAUCUUCAAAGACUCCGAGGCAAGACGACGCGACCAGUAGGGUUUGAAAGUACGCCGUCGUCAGUCAGACAUACUCAACCCCGAGGUGUGCAUCACCUGGGGCUCGAUUCCGCGACCUGUUGGUUAGAAGUCUAACGCCGUUUGUCGCUGUCCUGUCGCAUGCGGGAUCAAGCCCCAGGGGUUACACACUUCGGAAUAGGGUAUGGCUGGCUGACGACGGCUAACGGGCCAGAAACAGCCAUUCCAGUUCUUGUCUUUGUCAGUAAUGCAGGUAGAAAAAUUUUAUUCUUUAGAGAGUAGUGGAUUAAUAGUUGGACAAGGCUGCACGGGAUGCCCUGCACCAAAUUUACGGUGCGUCUUCGUUCCUGGGCAAGUCAGUGAAGUCUUCAUGUCCUCCAUGAUCUGGAAAUGGCAAAAAUUGUUGCUUUAAACUUUCACCCGUGUGUGCUUUCCUUACAACUUUAUAUCCUACUUUCCGCAGUCAUCUUAGAGUGAAAAGCGGUCUCUAGGCCUAUAGCCUCGUGUUCCCCUCAUGUAGGACCUCCCUUACUUAAGAUGUGAGAACCUGCAAGUUUUUUCUCACCUCUCUCAUUUUCCAAUAUGGACUGUUUUUUUACUUCGCUUUUUCCUGCCCUUCCGGAGACUGAGAAGCUAGUUGUGCUCGGGGGAAGCCUUUUCUUUGUCACAGAUAAUAAUUGCAUGCCGUAAUUCUCCUUUUUGAGCAUGGUUGGCCACGUCCGUCUUUUGCAUAAGCGUCCUACAACAUGACUCGUACAGUUCUCCUAGGCCAUAUUGCCUGUUACUUCUUGUAUUCGCAGCCCCUUUCGCCUGUUGCAUCGUUUUCUAAACCUCUCCUCUACCGCUCUUCGUAGCCUCAAAGUGCGCGAUCCGGAGAGCUAUGGUUGGGCGCCUAAACGUCUGCUGGCUCACAUUACGGCCAUAUAUGUGCAUCUCGAUACCCCCGACAACCGCUUUGCCACUUCCAUUGCGGAGGACGAGCGAAGCUACUCUCCCCAACUCUUUACCAAGGCGCACAACCUGAUGACCCGUCAUGGAAUUCAAACGCCAGACUAUUUGGCCGGAUUUUCCGCCCUCACUGAAAAGGUCAGACCCCGUUAGCGCCUGGCGUCGUCAGAUAAUAUGAAUAAGUGUAGACUGGCAUGUAGACAUACUAGGGGAACUGCCCGAAGUCUCUGGAAUUUUUCCUGAUUUUUGUCGUCUGACUUCUAAAGAACUCUGAACCAGGCCCUUACCCAUCAGCUAUGAUUCACGGAGUAUCUUUUUCUUUUGUUGUUAUUUCCUGCAUUGUCCAGCCAUGUUUUCAGAAUAGCUCCUUCUCGUCAGAUUGGCUGUAUAUGGGAUACCAGCCUGGCCCCUUUGAUGUUCACAGCUCAAAGUUGAGACCAGACGACUAGAUCAUACAGUGGAGCAGCCCAUUAAGGGCUAACAGAAAGUGACAAAUGCUUUUAUUCGAAAGACCCUUUUUUCAUGCUGACUCUUGGGAUUCGAGAUCGCUUCUCACGGGAUUCCAGAGCGUUUUCAUAAACUCUUCCCCCUCCCCCGAAUGGAACAUUCCGUACGAAGUAUCAAAGGUCCCCGGCAAUGUUUGCCUAUUGCAGAAGCUUGUCGGCGUGCAGCAUAGACAAUGCUGGAAAUGCGUUCUCCGAUCGAAUGCCGAGACAUGUUCAUCCCGUUUUGCCUUGAACCUCAAUCUAGUGCCCUCUCAGGCAGUCGCAUAGCAACAAGUAAUUAGGUAAAAGUACCAACAAAGAUAAGGGCGACUGAGAUGGCUAUUUCUGACUUAUUAUCCGUCGUCCGGCCAGCCUAACCCAAACUCCGGUUUUGCCUGACCGGAUCCCGAAGCCCGUGUUUUCGGUCAUCGAGCGUCCUACCAAUUGAGCCACGGGCUCGUCCUGCUGGUUACGAUCGGGAAUAUGCAAUAGUAGAGGGGUGCUCACCGAUCCAGUCUCCCUUUUCUUUUUCGCUAAUACCCUUUUGCCUAUAUCAUGCGCCGUUGUGCGGCUGCCGGUUGGGCACGAGAGAGAGCCCUAAGGCACGAUGGGACGAGCGAGUUCCGCAAAAACGAUCGGUGAGCGCCCCUCUACCAUUGCACAUUCGCGAUCUUAAUCGACAGGACAAUUAGGCCGUGGCUCAGUGGUUAGGGCUGUUGAACUCCUAACUAACAGGUCGCGGGAUCGAGCCCCAGGUAUUCCACACUUCGGGGUUGAGUAUGACCGGUUGACGACGGUGAAUAAGCCAGAAAUGGCCAUUCCAUUGUCCCUUGUCUUUGCCGGUAAAACCAUUUUCAAUUGUUUCCGCACGCGAGGCGCUACGACCGUUGUGCGUCCGCCUGCCAAGUCUUCUGCCCCCCUUCUGAAUUGCUGUCCUUUUCUACCUAUGAGGACUGAUCGUGUACUACAUCCCUUCUAGAGUCCAUCUCGUUUGACUCCUCUCUUCGCCUUAUGGAUUUCCCGCUUUCACGCGAAAUGCCGACUCAGCUUUUGCACUCAGAUGUCUCUUUCUUACUCUACCUGUCUGUAGGUCUUAGCAAUGCAUGAACGAAAGAAUCAGAUGGAGCUUGACUACGGCGAUGCUCCUGCAGAAUUCUAUGACACGCUGAUGAACACCCUUAUGAGUGAUCCUGUGAUGCUUCCGGGUUCCCGAUCUGUUGUGGACAGGAGUACCAUUAUAAUGCAUCUGCUGAACUCCGAUACUGACCCCUUUAACAGGCAGCCAUUAACAGAGGCAGAUCUGAUUCCACGUAUGUCUGUAGUCUUUUCCCAUUUAUUGGUUAUUUUUUGCCUUGGCCAUUUUCAACUAAGAGGCUCGUAUAGCCCACUGUCCUACGGGCAUCUAUUCGGCCGAAAUCCAACGUCUCGUCCAAAUGCCUAAAUUAGGUCUGCAAAGAGUUGAAUUCAUGAAGAAAUAACAAAACGAGGCCAGCUGGUUGGUCUUAUCUUUCGUAAAAGCAGGCAUGUUUGAAAUGUUGCGUCAACGCGCAGACAGCUCUUUAUUUACGAAGGACGGCUGACGAAUUCCCGUGAUGUGUUUUCUCUAGGCACGUUUAGCCCGGUGUCUGGACUCUCCCCAACCGGCCGAGAUCUUAUAUGACAAAGCCUGAUGCAGAGAUCGGCCUUUAAAUAUGCGCAGUUUAUUGCCUGGAGGUAAACUGCAACGUGACGGUUGCUGGGCUGAGCUCUCAAACCUACUUUUUCGCGUAUUAAGGUCAAGUAUAGGACACUUUUUGUUGCAUUUAACCUAGGCGAUAAAUAGGGGUGUGAACUGGACCCUUACUCUUCACAAAACAAGUUCUAGCCAAGAAACUGAAAUGGUUGAUCGCAUUACCGCCUGUUUGGCUGUGUAUCAGCCUGUCGGAGUGUAAGAUGACAAAACUACGCGAAUCAACAAGGCGGAACAAGUAUGCUUUGCUAGACUGGAAGGGCUCGUCGUAUGGGGUGUAGUUCAUACGUUUAUAGGGCAGUUUGUUGCGUUCCGUUUCUACAUUAAAUUUGAAGCCACCCUUGUAUGGUACUAUUUUCUGUUGACCGAGUGAUACAUAGAUCCCUAUUCCCCGUCUCUGUUGGUCUGAGAUGACAUUGCUCCCUCCCCAUCUCCCCUUUUAUGGCAUGUUAGGGGUUUCCUAAGACUAUAUUGUAAGCACUAAAACGCAGUUACAAUAAAGUAGAAAGUGUGACUCGCUUAGCCAAAGUACUUUGAAGUGACGCCUAUGUGUAAGACCCAACGGCACUUAAAAGCCUGUGAUUACCGGAUUUUCUUAGACUUUAGACCUCUGAACUGCCGUCACCGUAGGAUUUUUAGUUUCCUCUCCUUAUAGCACUGUUUUGUGCAAAACAAUUGAAGCGGAUUUACAUUACCAGGAUUCCAUUUAUGGGGAAAAUCGAGUAGGCAUCACCUGUUAGCAAAAAAAAUUCAUGUAUCGGCCGUGGUUAUCUUAUCAGGAGCGAGCAGUUGUCACCCUAAUGAUUCCAACCUACUCCGGGAGAUAACAAAGGCUCGUUUCCCGCAUUAGCGUACGAAAUAACCUACUUAUAUCUUUGUUCGACUUUAAUUUUCAGUGCCAGAGCUAAAACAGAGGAUAGCCGACUGGAAGAAAUCGCGGGAACAGGAACUGCGUGGCCAUCAGGCUACUGAAUAA